UAAGAUCAAACUACGGAUCGAUGAGGUGCAGGGAAAGAACUGUCUGACAAAUUUCCACGGCAUGUACUUCACUUCGGACAAGCUACUCUCCCUUGUCCGCAAGUGGCAGACCCUCAUCGAGGCACACGUCGAUGUGAAGACGACUGACGGCUAUAGGCUUAUCCGCCUCUUUGUUCUCGCUUUCACCAAGCGUCGCCCAAACCAGAUAUUUGAGAUCAUGACCGGGGAAGCGUCGAGUUGUGACUUGAAGGAGUUGGUACAGAGGUUUGUGCCAGAGGCUAUUGGACGAAAGAUAGAGAAGCACACCCGCAACAUUUACCCUCUACAAAAUGUCUACGUUCGCCAGGCAAAAAUUCUCAAGGCACUGAAGUUUGAUGUCUCGAAACUGCUUGAACUUCACGCCGAGCCAACAGAUGUAGCCAAUCUCCAUUUGCUGUCAAGGGCUAAAGCCGUUGUCCUGCAGAAAGUCUUGGAUAGCAUUAAAAUUAGGCCAAUAUUUGAUGGGAAAUGA